ACUACUAACCUCUUGUUACUUGAAAUUAUUUUUUUCUUCUCUGUUUCUAGUUAACAUUGAAGUGCCCCUCUUUCUAGUUGUGAGCAACUAGCCCAGUGUUCUUGCUUAAUAGUUGAAACGGCCAAACAAUCACUGAGAAUUGUAACUUAAUAGCUUAGGAAUUUGGAAUUUCUAUCAAGUUGACAAAUAGGUUGGAUAGUGCAUGGAAGCCUCAUGUACUUAUGCACAAUGUUGCAGUAUAUGAGAGUAUGCCAUAGAAGUAUAAGGCCUGUUUUUCAUAAAAGGCUGAUUAGCAGUGCAGCACAUGUUGAUUAUGUGCAGGGCCAGUCACCUUCUCCGAAAAUUCGUGAAUAUUUCUAUUAUAUAGAUCAUCAAGGAAUGUUAUUUUUGGAUGAUGCCAGAAUGAAAAACUUCACCUCAUGCUUUAAAGAAAAGAAGUUCCUGCAGUUUUUCUUUAGUCGUCUAAGAAUGAAUGAGACUUCUAGAUAUCCAGAAUUUCCUUUUUUAUCCCCUUGUGGCCGAGAAAGAAAUUAUGUCCGCUGUGAUGACCUACCAGUUGUAUUUACUCAUUUGGUCCAGAAACCAUCAGUUUCAUCUGUCUCUGAAGACCACUUGGCAUACGGCAAUGCAGGUGAUACCAUGAUUCUACCAUUUGAGCCUUCAGAACUAUUGAUGGAAAUAGAUACAGGCCGAGUGUAUCAUCCAGGUCCUGAGAAAACUGGUAGCGUAGGAUUGGUGAGAUCACAGCUGUCUAUACAGCUUUCAAAGGAUUUUAUUUUUCAUAAUGGAGACACUGAACCUCCAACUCAUAUAAUGUGGAAUGGCCAAGAAAUUAGUCUUUCUCAUAGUUUAGUUCCUGUACUCAAAAGUUUAGCAGAAAUAAGAAAAUAUAGUUUGGGAUUAUAUAGUGACCAUUGAUGCUAUCUUUGUACAAUAGUAAUUUUAUUUUUCUUACAAAGGACAUUUUAAGCUGCAGAUAAAGGCUGUGGUUGUAUUUGCUGUGAUAUGUGGGUAGAUAGUGAAUUAGGCCAUCUUAAAUUGAGUAAAUGGUAUUGGUGUAAGUAGUGGUUAUUGGGUUGCAUGUGGAUUUUUGUUAUCACUCAUGUACUAUACUCUGUUUUUUUCCAUCUGUCCAUCUGCCUGUGGUGUUUUUGUAUGGUAAUACUGCGUCCUGGGCUUUAGAUACGUAUUUACAUUCAGCUUACAUUCAACAAUAAUAAUAAUAUAUUAUUUCAAAUAUUAACGGUGUACUUCGCAUACUGCAAAUUAUUAAAACACUUUUCAGUUGCAAAUGUACACCCAGAUAUCCUUUUAUUUACGUAAAACUUAACAUACCGUAACUAUUUAAAGCCCGGGACGCAGUGUUACCAUACAAAAACACCACAGGCGGAUGGACAGAUGGAAAAAAACAGAGUAUAGUUCUAUGUACAAUGUAGAUUUAUUGUUCUCCAAGGAUUGGGGUAAUUUUCUUUUCACAAUAUUACUUUACCCUUUUUUACAAUGUAAGUCAUUUUCAAUAUUUCAUGUGCAUUUUCCUCUAGUGAAUGAAACCCAAUUCUCUGAAUACUAUAUUUAUUUUGUCAUUUUGAAAGUGCUGUUAUUAUUUUGCCUUCCUUGCAUGGGUUUAGCAAGUGUUUUACUUGCUUGUGGACUGUAGUAAACGCCUCUUGGUUUUACUGAAGUAUGGUUCAGAGGAGUCGUGGAAUGUAGGAUUUGUAUAAUUUCCUGUAAUGUAAUCUUUUGAACCUUAUAUUUCUUGCAAGGAAUAAAUUGCACAAAAAGCCA